AUGGCACAGAAUCUCUCGUUCGGAGCAGACAACUUCUAUCGCAGCAACAAUGUCACCUUAACCCCCAUCAGUUUCCCAACACUUUACCACUCCGACGUCGCUGGCAACAUCGUCGUUCCACACGAUCUCAAUCGUACCAAUGCACCAGCCAUCAUUGUUGGCCACCCUUUCGGUGCAACGAAGGAGCAGAGCGCAAACCUCUACGCUCAAAAGCUAGCAGAGCAGGGCUUCGUCACAGUGUCCCUCGAUCUUCCGUUCUUGGGCAUUAGUGCAGGCACACCGCGUAAUUCCGUUCUGCCCGACCUCUAUGCAGAGGCAUACAGCUCCGCGGUAGAUUUCCUCGGCACGCAACAAUUUGUCGAUCGAGAGAACAUUGGCAUUGUUGGUGUUUGUGGCAGCGGCGCAUUCGUCAUCAGUGCUGCCAAGAUCGAUUCCCGGAUCAAAGCUGUUGCAACGGACUUCAUCGCCGCAUCAAACGCACAGCGCUGGGCCGAAGUAGAUGGCAGUCCUAUCGCCCACACCGACGGCGCACCACACACGACAAACUCAACUCCGGUUGGGCUUGAAUUCUAUGACUUUUACCGCACUCCUCGCGGGGAGUACACACCGAAGGGUAUCUCACGGAACAUCACUACCGAUCCAACGACGUCGAGCAAUGUCAAGUUCAUCAACUUUUACCCGUUUGAGGAUAUCGAGUCCAUCUCGCCUCGUCCAAUCAUGUUCGUUGCGGGUGAUCAGGCGCAUUCGAAAGAGUUUAGUGAGAUUGCUUUUGCGAGGGCGGGUGAGCCGAAGGAGAUGGUCUGGGUACCGAGUGCUGGGCAUGUUGAUCUUUACGAUCGCGUAGAGCUCAUCGCGUUUGCGACGCUCACGAAGUUCUUUCGGGAAAAUCUACAGUAG